CAUACAGGCUGCCUAUAAAUACACUCUCCUCUUAUUAGUCCUGUUGGAUUCUCCUACUCAAACCCCCUCAGAGAGCCACCGAGUGCAAGCACUUCAGUGACGUGUAGCUGUCUCAUCUCAUUAGACCAUAUCAUGAAAAACCCUUGUUGUCAGAGCAACAGCUCCCUGCGUUUCCAUGGCAACUGGGCCGCCAUGUCAAAGUGGUGGACUCUUUCCCUGUGGAGGGGGAGGAGACCAUGUGCACCAAGACUGAGCAAUGGAACGCCAUCAUUGGGGGGGUGCGUGGUUCCCAUUGGAACAGGCUGCCCCCUGCUGGUCACAUUUGGGUGUUGGAGGUGAAGGCUGCCACGUACGGAUGGAAGGAGGAGACCUGUCCGAAGUAGAGUGUGGGGGGUCAGCUAACUCCCUGGUGCCUCUGUCUGAAAUGAACCCAGUGUGCGGCGAGGGUGGACGAGCUGCUACGCCACUGAACCGGGACAGGCAUGCGGUGCCAGUGUGCAGAGAGCGAGAAACCUGGACCAGACAGAUGGACUUCAUCAUGUCCUGCGUGGGUUUUGCUGUGGGCUUGGGCAACGUGUGGCGCUUCCCUUACCUUUGCUACAAGAACGGAGGAGGUGUGUUCCUCAUCCCGUACUUGCUGAUCGUGUUCUUCGGGGGCAUCCCCGUUUUCUUCCUGGAAAUCGCUUUGGGACAGUUCAUGAAGCAGGGUGGCGUUUCCGCCUGGAAUAUCGCACCUCUUUUCAAAGGUCUGGGCUGGGCUUCAAUGGUGAUUGUGUUCUUCUGCAAUACCUACUACAUCAUGAUUCUGGUGUGGGGUCUCUACUUUCUGGUCAAUUCUUUCACCAACCCGCUGCCGUGGGCCACCUGCGGACACCCUUGGAACACCCCCAACUGCACAGUAGACUUCAACCUCAACUGCCACAGCAACAGCGCCGCCUCAUCUGCCACUCAAAACCAACUGGCGUCCAAUGGCAGCUGCGUGGAAACAGUGGGCAUGCGCUCUCCAGUCAUCGAGUUCUGGGAGCAAAAAGUUCUCCAUCUGUCUGGUGGGCUAGAUGAGAUCGGUAAAAUCAACUGGGAGGUGGCGCUGUGCCUCGUCGCCACCUGGGUCAUUGUUUACUUCUGCGUAUGGAAAGGUGUUAAAUCCACAGGAAAGGUUGUAUAUUUCACGGCCCUGUUCCCGUAUGUGGUUCUGGUUAUUCUUUUGGCACAUGCUGUCACACUACCUGGGGCAUUAGAUGGGAUUGUAUACUACCUGAAACCAGAUUGGUCCAAAUUGGGAGAAGCACAGGUGUGGAUUGAUGCUGGUACCCAGAUUUUCUUCUCCUAUGCCAUCGGACUGGGCGCCCUGACUGCACUGGGCAGCUACAACCGCUUCCAUUACAACUGUUACCAGGAUGCGUUUGUUCUGGCGGUCAUCAACAGCGGAACAAGUUUCUUUGCGGGCUUUGUUGUAUUCUCUGUGUUGGGCUUCAUGGCUGCAGAGCAAGGCGUGGACAUCAGUAAGGUAGCCGAAAGCGGACCAGGCUUGGCCUUUAUAGCCUACCCCAAGGCUGUGACUUUGAUGCCCCUAGCACCAUUCUGGGCAGCGCUCUUCUUCUUUAUGUUACUUGUACUUGGCCUGGACAGUCAGUUUGUCGGGGUGGAGGGUUUAAUAACCGGAAUCCUGGACAUGCUUCCUCAUGAGUUAGCCCUAGAGUGCUUGCAGCGAGAGGUGGUCGCAGCCAUCUGCUGUGUCAUCUGCGUCCUCAUUGACAUCUCAAUGAUCACCGAGGGAGGGAUGUAUGUGUUCCAGUUGUUUGACUACUACUCUGCCAGUGGCAUCACUCUGCUGUGGCAGGCUUUCUGGGAGUGUGUGGUGAUCGCUUGGGUCUACGGCGCGGACCGUUUCAUGGAGGAUGUGGCUCGUAUGAUUGGCUAUCAGCCCCUUACCUACAUGAAGUGGUGCUGGUCUUACAUCACACCCCUUGUCUGUGUGGUAAGUGCUAUUAAAGGAUCGUUGUCAUACUCUAAUUGCCCGAUGGUCGCAAAUGUCUCAUACGUAAGUGUGCUUCUAGGGAGUUUUUCUGUUCCACGUGUUGAACUACAAGCCCCUAACCUACAACAAUGUGUACACGUACCCAUUAUGGGGCGAAUUGUUUGGCUGGGCAUUGGCCCUUUCCUCCAUGCUUUGUAUCCCACUCACUGUUAUUUUCAAGCUGCUGUGCUCAAAAGGAUCACUGCGGGAGCGAUGGAACCGCCUCAUAACCCCUCAAUGGGGCAGACAUCAUCUGGAGUAUCUCAUCCCAGAGAAUGAGGCCAAACUGCUGCAGGCAAGAUCCCUGAAUGUCAUGGAAACUGCCGCCUGAUACUCAAAGACCAAUGAUGCACAAAGCCAAGUGUAACCUGUGUAAUUCUCCUUGCGUUGUGUUCGGGUUUUCAAUAAAAUACGAGUCCAA